GAAAGGUAGGGGUCGAACUAAAGUUGGUCUGUGUCCCAUUUGCGUCGAAAGUCGUUCACGAGGAGGUGAAGGCCAAAAAUUGUGGUUGUCCAUGAAGUUCUCUGCUUUUAAUUAUCAUAUGCAAUACAGUCAUGGCAUAUCUGCAAUGACUGCACGUCCCUUCUCCCCGCCCGUUGCAUUUCGAGUUAGCGCGCGGCGAUCUCCUGGGAAACUCGAGCGAACUCACAUCUUGGAAGGCAAAUGCCACAAAUGUUCCAAAUGGAUUGCUGUAGAAGGCGUCAAAGACGUCGAAGUAAAGGUUAAGGAGAUCUUUUGGUGGAAACACGCAGCAAUAUGCCACCAAGGCUCUACAUUACCCGGAGAAGGAGAUUAUUACCUUGAAGAUCAUACCUAUCACCGUCUGAUGCAGCUUGAUGCAUAG